AUGUUGAUUGAAUCCCGUCAAAGAAUAACAUCGUUUGGUUCACUUCCAUCGUUAUCAAUUGACGGGGUCCCCAUAAAACAGGUUUUGUACACUAAAUCUCUCGGUGUGCAAAUUGACCAAAAUCUGUCUUGGAAUGAACACAUCGACAAAUUAUCCAAAAAGAUUGCGUCCGGCAUCGGAGCCCUGAAGCGUAUAAGGCCAUUCGUCCCAACUUCAACUCUACAGUUUAUCUAUAGUUCUUUAAUCCAACCACAUUUUGAUUACUGUUGUGUUGUGUGGGAUAACUGUAACAAAACCCUCACUGACAAGCUUCAGAAACUGCAAAAUCUUGCAGCGAGGGUUUUGACAUUCUCUAGUUAUGACGCUAGUGCCGACCCUCUUUUUCGGAAACUUGGAUGGAAAAAACUAGAAGUCCAACUAAAAAUACAAAAAGCUGCUAUGGUCUAUAAAUCACUGCAUGAUCUCACACCAGCAUAUCUGAGUUCUAUUUUUAUCGAUCGUAGCAACAUAACAAAUUAUUCUUUGAGAAACACCGAAGGCAAACUAGCUAUUCCUAGGCCACGCACCAAUUAUCUAAAGAACAGUUUUAGCUAUGAUGGUGCAGUGAUAUGGAAUAGCCUUCCAUGUGAGUUGCGGCAAGCAAGCACUCUGAGUCAAUUUCGAAUAGGCUGCAGCAACUUCUUCAAUUGA